UAUAACAGAGAAAAAAUAUACUACCUGUCCUUUUAUAUUCUUCUUCUUGUUGAGUUUGUGUUUCAAUCUCAUAGUUAUGUUGGUCAACACCAGUGCUACAACUCCAAUCUGUUGUGAAGUCAAGGUGCACCGUUCAAUAUGCAUAGAGCUUCAAGGUUUCAUUGAUAGAAUUUUGCAUGUUAUAUUAUCCAUUGAAUCUGCAAGACCAAAUUGUGCCUUAGCAAUUCAAACACUGUGCUCUUUGCACUUCACUUUGGAUAAAGCCAAGUUAGUUAUCAAACACUGUUCUGAGUCCAGUAAACUCUACCUGGCAAUAACAUCACAGAAGAUAGUUUCAAGAUGUGAAAAGAUAAGAAUCUCUUUUGAGUUGUACUUGGAUCAGAUUCAAAAUACUGUUCCAAUUCCAUUAGCUUCUGAGAUAUGUGCAAUACUAGAGGAUCUAAGGGGCACAAAAUUUUCAUUGGAAAUUGAAGAUGAAACUAGGAAAGUUUUACUUUCACUACUCGAGAAGGAAUUUCCAGAUUCAACUUCUAAAGAGAAAGCAGAACUUGAAGCUAUUCAAGUUGCAGCUUUGAAGUUGGAUAUUAAGUCUUCAAUCUCUCUCUUAGAGGAGAAAGAAAAUCUUAAGAAGCAAAUUGAAAAAGUCAAGAAGACAAACCAAAAGGAGAAGGAGCUUCUAGAAUACCUUUUGUAUUUGUUGAUUAAAUAUGAGAAUUUUAUUUGAAUUUCAAAAUGGUAGGAAUGUGUGUGAAUCAAGUCAAAGAUUCAAUCAACCCAAAAGGUGGAAAUUUAUGAUUAUUUAUUGAUGAUUAUUAUUGUCCAUUGACCAUUAAGAUCCAUUUAAUUGGAGCAAAAAUAGUGUAAGAUGCAAGCAAUUUAAAUGAAUACAUAUAAAUCCAAAAGCACUUACUAGAAGGAGUCUCUACUAAUUUG